AUGCCGGCCCUGAGGCCACUCCUGCCGCUGUUGCUCCUGGCUGGGCUGACUGCAGGGGCCAGCCUGCCGCCAGGCCCUGGGGGCCACCUGGGGGUGUGCCCCAACCAGCUCAGCCCCAACCUGUGGGUGGACGCGCAAAGCACCUGUGAGCGAGAGUGCGUUGGAGAUCAGGACUGUGCGGCCACCGAGAAGUGCUGUACCAACGUGUGUGGGCUGCAAAGCUGUGUGGCCGCCCGCUUCCCUGACGGCGGCCUGGCUGCACCCAGGCUGGCGGCCUCGUGCGAGGGCUUCGUGUGUGCACAGCAGGGCUCCGACUGCGACAUCUGGGAUGGGCAGCCAGUGUGCCGCUGCCGGGACCGCUGCGAGAAGGAGCCCAGCUUCACCUGCGCCUCAGAUGGCCUCACCUACUACAACCGCUGCUACAUGGAUGCGGAGGCCUGCCUGCGCGGCCUGCGCCUGCGCGUUGUGCCCUGCAAGCAUGUCCUCAGCUGGCCACCCAGCAGCCCCAGGCCCCCCGAGACCACCGCCCGCCCCACGCCUGGGGAUGCCCCAGUGCCGCCCGCCCUCUACAGCAGCCCCUCCCCGCAGGCAGUAUAUGUGGGGGGUACAGCCAGCCUCCACUGCGACGUCAGCGGCCGCCCGCCCCCUGCUGUGACCUGGGAGAAGCAGAGUGACCAGCCGGAGAACCUGAUCAUGCGGCCAGACCAGAUGUACGGCAACGUGGUGGUCACCAGCAUCGGGCAGCUGGUGCUUUACAACGCCCGGCCCGAGGACGCUGGCCUCUACACGUGCACGGCGCGCAAUGCCGCUGGCCUGCUUCGGGCCGACUUCCCGCUCUCCGUGGUCCAGCGGGAUUCAGCCAGGGCUGGGGCCGCCACCACCCCGGCCCAGUGCCUGCCCAGCUCGCAGGCCUGUAUUGGCCCCCCAUCUGGCCGGGUCUUCUGGCACUUUGACCCACAGCGGCGCAGCUGCAUGACCUUCCCUGUGGGCAGCUGUGCUGGGAGCGCCCAGGGCUUCGAGACCUAUGAGGCAUGCCAGCAGGCGUGCGCCCGUGACCCCGGGGACGCCUGUGCGCUGCCGGCCGUGCAGGGCCCCUGCCAGGGCUGGGAGCCGCGCUGGGCCUACAGCCCGCUGCUGCAGCACUGCCACCCCUUCGAGUACAGCGGCUGCGAGGGCAACAGCAACAACUUCGAGAGCCGCGAGAGCUGCGAGCACGCCUGCCCGGUGCCGCGCACGCCGCCCUGCCAGGCCUGCCGGCUCCGCAGCAAGCUGGCGCUCAGCCUGUGCCGCAGCGACUUCGCCAUUGUGGGGCGGCUUACUGAGCUGCUGGAGGAGCCCGAGGCGGGCGGCGGCGGCAUUGCGCGCGUGGCGCUGGACGAAGUGCUCAAGGACGACAAGAUGGGCCUCAGGCUCCUGGGCACCAAGUACCUGGAGGUGACGCUGAUCGGUGUGGACCGAGCCUGCCCCUGCCCCAAUGUGACGGCCGGCGACGGCCCGCUGGUCAUCAUGGGCGAGGUGCGCGAUGGUGUGGCCAUGCUGAAUGCGGGCAGCUACGUGCGCGCCGCCAGCGAGAAGCGCAUCAAGAAGAUCUCUGAGCUGCUAGAGAGGAAAGCCUGUGAACUGCUCAACCGCUUCCAGGACUAGCCUGCCCACCAAUCCACAGCCCCAGCUCCCCGCUAUGCCCCACCCUCCCCACACUCCCACCCCUCUGCCUGAAUAAAAGUU